AUGGAAACCACUGGGGGUGUCGGAACAAGAGUCAGGCGCGUCGGCUGCCCGUGGCUCCGUCGGGGCUUUCCCCGCUUCCGGGGCUCCGCUUUGCCAGCUGCGUCACGGCGUCUCCGGUUGAGUCUUGCUGAGUUUUGGACGGGGCCGGAGCGCUUUGGGCCUCGGCGCGAUGGAGGCGCUGCGGGGGCCGGCGCUGAGCUGGCCCUGGUGCGCUUCGCCCCGCUCCUGGCCGCCUCCGUGUGGCAGCGGCAGCCGUUCCGCCUGCGCUACGUGCCGGGCCGCGGCGAGAUCCCGGCGCACUUGGGCGGCACCACGGUGUUCGGGGAUAACGUGGAGGAUGAGUGGUUCAUUGUGUACCUGCUCCGGGAGAUCGCCAGGGUUCCCGGGGCUGGCAGCCAGGUGACUUUCACUCGGUGUCUGUAUGCACAGCUGGUGCAGCAGCAGUUUGUUCCCGACAGACGCAGUGGGUACACCCUGCCCGCCCCAUCUCAUCCUCAGUACAGAGCCUACGAGCUGGGCAUGAAGCUGGCUCAUGGCUUUGAAAUGUUGUGCUCCAAGAGCAGUAAAGUGGCUCCUGAUGCCAAGAGAAACGUGUUAAGCGGUCUUCUGUGGGAGAGAUUCCUCAGGAGCUUGAAGGAGAAGGAUUAUUUCAAGGGAGAAAUGGAAGGAUCAGCCAAGUACCUGGAACUGUUGCACAUGGCAGAAGAUCACUUCCAGCAAUGUGUUGCAGUGCCAGAAAGCUGUGAUGAAGUGAGCCCAGGUGAUGAAAUCCUGACACUGCUACAGACAACACCCAUUGAUCUGAAGGAAUUUGAGAGAGCAGCAGCUUGUCUUCCUGCAGAGGAUGAUGACAGCUGGCUGGAUAUUACACCAGGUGCUCUGGAUCAGAUGCUGAAGGAGACAAGAAAUGAGUCCCUUCCUUCCACAAAUGAGGAAGAGCAAAGCUAUGACUUGGGAGCAGUUGCUGAGAGCAUGAAGGCUUUUGUGUCCAAAGUCUCCACGCACGAAGGAGCAGAACUGCCAUGGUCAUCUGAUGAGUCCCAAGUUACCUUUGAUGUGGAUUCUUUUACAAAAGCCCUGGAGAGAAUUUUAGGGGCAGACUCGGAGGAGCUGGAUUCUGAUGAUCUGGAUGAGGGGGAGGAGGAGGAGUUGGGUUUCUCAGAUGAGGAUGAUGAAGAGCUGGAUGCUGGGAAUGAAAGGCAGGAGCAGAAGGUGUCUCCUGAGGAGCUCGUGGGCAGUCUCAAGGCGUACAUGAGGGACAUGGACCGUGAGCUGGCACAGACCAAUGUUGGGAAAAGCUUCAGCAGCCACAAGAGAGGGGCAAGUUCUGUUGGAGCAGCCCCAUGUGAGAGUGCUGGCCCUGGUUGUGGAGCUGAGGCUGCUGAGCUGGCAGCCCUGGAUGUGGACAUGAACCUGGUGGCAAACCUGCUCGAGUCCUACAGUGCCCAGGCUGGCCUGGCAGGACCCACCUCGAACAUUUUACAGAGCCUGGGGCUGAAUUUACCUGAGAGCACAGAGCUCACUGGCAGCUGAGCAAGGCAGGAGAGGCUUUGGACAAGACGUGGCUGCUGGGGAGGUGAAGCACAGACACACAGCAGGAUGUGGAAGAAGAGGCCAAAGGUUUCAAUUUAGAGCAUUCUCUUCAUUAUGUGUCACUUCAGCAGGGGGAAUUUACAUGCAAAAGCUUCUGUUUGCACACUGUCUUGGAUGGAAAUGAGGUUUUCUUAGUGAUGACACAAUUUCCGAAACUGAAAAACGAUGUUGAAUGCAUGACUCAGAUGAGGUUUUCUUUUAUUUUGAAACCUGUCUUCCAUUUUUCCAUUCAGUGAUCCAAUUUGCCACAUUUCUAAAAUGUCCUUUUACCCAUUGCUGAGUGGGUUCAAAAUCUGGGAAGCAGUUCUUGUUCUGAAAAUGCUGCUGCUUGUUGGGGGAGGUGGGGAAAUACCACAUUGCAGGAAGAGCGAUUGGAUCAAAUGUGUAAAUAUUGGCCAGAAGUAUUUUUAAAUUUUAUUUCAAUAAAAACAGAAAUACAACUUGAUUACUGAA